GUUUUUCGCAGUGUUUCUCAUCGGUUGUGCGGUAGCAAAUUACGGUACUAGUGCGGUUUGUAGUAUAACUUGCCGAAAAUUUCUCAAAAACCGAAAAAGGCGUGCUGAUAUACAUACACGCCCAUACAUACCUAUUAUAGAUAGAAAGAUAUGUAUGUGGCGUCAAGAUAGCGAAUUCAUCAAUUAACAAUUGUCUAUUGAUACAAAAAUUGCCAUUAAAAAUUAAAUAACGAAAAUAUUUCACAAUUUUCGACUGCGUUUUCUGAUAAUUACUCACAAAAUAAAUAAAUAUUUUAUAACCCAGUAAAUCAUGUCCAGCAACCCAACAACAACAACGAACGGCAAUGGAGAAUGUAAUUGCGAUGAGAUUAGUGCACCUGCGCCAUCAGUGCCUCAAACAAAUGGACAUGCCUCCACAUGCACACUUCGCGGCGAUGGACUCUUUAUGAAAAUGCGGCUAAACUCGAUAACCUCAAUCGAUAAUCCGGACAAACCGCAAGCAACAACUAACGGCAAUUUGGAGACUCCGCCGAUAAAGCGCAACAUUAGUGAUGGAAAUCUGCUGCCAACCGACAUAAAAGAGGCGCGUGUGCGUGUCAUCUAUACGGGCGGCACAAUUGGCAUGGUGCGGAACGAAAAUAACGUUCUAGCGCCUAUCCCCAAUGCUCUGGUGAAAACGCUACGCAGAUACCCGAACAUACACGACGAAGCUUAUGCGCAGAAACGCUUUGGCUCGGCAGCAUCGAUGGGACCACUUGUACUGCCAUUUGUGCAAGGUGAGAAGCGACGCAUUGUCUAUCAAGUGACCGAAUAUGCGCCACUCUUGGACUCGAGUAAUAUGACAAUGAACGAUUGGGCGCGUAUUGCCAAGGACAUACAUCAAUCCUACGAGUUCUUCGACGGCUUCGUCAUACUUCACGGCACAGAUACGCUCUCCUACACUGCUUCGGCGUUGUCUUUCAUGUUGGAGAACCUUGGCAAAACUGUUAUCAUUACCGGUUCUCAGAUACCCAUUUUCGAAACGCGCACUGACGGUAAAGACAACUUCACAUCCGCCUUAAUAAUUGCGGGUAACUAUGUUUUACCGGAGGUGUGCGUUUUCUUCGGUCAUAAGCUAAUGCGUGGUAAUCGCACAGUGAAGGUGAGCUCUGAUCGUUUGGAGGCGUUCGACACACCAAAUGUUUCACCUUUAGGCACGAUCGGUAUAAAUGUCGAAAUCGAUUAUCGGCUAAUAUUUCGGCCAUGCACGGUCUCACGGUUUUCGGUGCAAACGAAUUUGGAUGAGAAUGUCGGCAUCUUGCGUAUAUUUCCGAGUAUUUCGAGAUCGUCCAUACGCGCAUUCUUAGCGCCACCAAUGAAGGGUAUAGUGCUGCAAUCGUUUGGCUCUGGCAAUGUGCCCUCGAAUCGCAAAGAUUUUCUCGAAGAACUCAAGAUGGCCUGUGAUCGUGGUGUAAUCAUUAUAAAUUGUACCCAAUGUUCCAAUGGCGCCGUAGCGGCGCUAUAUGACACAGGAAAGGUGUUAUUCGAUAUUGGCAUAUUGCCGGGCUACGAUAUGACACCUGAAGCGGCGCUGACGAAACUUUCUUAUGUGCUGGGCAAAACGGGCUUAACGCUGGAGCAACGGAAAGAGCUAAUGCAAAUCAAUCUGCGCGGUGAAUUGACCUCGUCGGUUGGUGCCAAAAUGGAAGAAUUCGAUUUGGUGGAUGCAGUUGCACGGUCUAUGCAUUUAUCUACACCCGAGGAACUGGGUCAAAUGUGUGCCACACUUUUUCCGGCCAUGAUAAACACAGCCGUGCAGGAAGGUGACAUAACUAAGAUCACCAAUCUGAAAGCCUAUGGUGCAGAUCUCUCCUGCGUAAAUCACGAUCACCGCACGGCGCUGCAUCUCGCCUGCAACCAAGGCAACAUUGCGGUUGUAAAUCAUUUGCUUAUGAAUGGUGUAUCCGUCCACAUUCGCGAUCACUACGACCGCACACCUUUACUGGAAGCAAUCUCGGGUGAUCAUCAUGAAAUCAUACAAGUACUUAUAAAUUGUGGUGCUCAUCUAACUGGUUCUUCGCGUGCAAUCGGUGAACAACUAUGUGCUGCUGCAGCGCGAGGCUCGUUGGUGCGCCUGAAAUCCUAUCAAUUGGCCGGUGCAGAUUUAGCUCAACCCGAUCCUUCCGGGCGCACAGCUCUGCACUUGGCCGCUUUGCAUGGCCAUGCGAAUUUGGUACGAUUUCUUUUGGAUAUUGUUGAUAAUCCAAGGGAAAAAGAUAUGCUAGAACUUACACCAUUGGAUUAUGCAAGGAGAGGUGGUCAACAAGAUGUAAUUCAAAUACUGAGUGGUCUAGAACAAGCAGCGUAAAUACAUGGAGGACAGUGGAUAUUUAAUGGCCCAUUGUAUAUUAUUUACCUUAGUUAUUUAAAACAUACGCUGUAAUGCUCAGCUGCUGGUAAAUAUUAUUAAAUAUUAGGAAUUAAUCUUAGCCGAAGGUAUAGUUAGGCUUAAACUAAGCUUUUUCCCGAAUACCAAUGAUAUUUUAAAUAUAAAAAUAUUUGUUUUUGAAAUAAUAUUA